UCCAGUUCGUCCGCAAAACUCGAUCAGUUGAGAUCAUUUGAAAACUAUCGCAUCCAAGAUGAAAUCCUGGUACCUAGCACUCAGCCUGCUGCUCCUCGCCGCAUCCACAAUUCAGCCCACUGACGCUCGUGGCGGAAGGGGGCGUGGCGGCGGCUCAUUUGGCGGACUCUUUGGCGGUUGGCGCAAGUACAAGAAGCCCUCGUCGUCGGGCGGUGGUCGGCGGGUGGUGAGCGGUUCGCCAGUUCACACGGCCAUGACGGUGCCGAAACCACCACCGCCUCCGCCGGCACCACCAAAGAUGCCCAUGAUGCCGCCCAAGCAGCAAAUCCCCAGCUAUCCUCGCCAGCAGAUGCCACCUGGCUAUGGCUUUGGAUCGUAUCCGGGCCAAGGCAGUGGAACGUACUACGCCAAUGCCCAGGCCCUGCCAGCGGGAGCGGUUUACUAUGCCCAACCACCCGUCGGAAUGAAUCGAGGAAUCGGUACAGGAGAUUUCCUCACCGGAAUGCUGGCGGGUCACAUGAUGAACAACGUUCUGUUUGGCCACCGACACCAUACGUACCAUAGAAAUCCGGAGGAGGGCCAGUCGUCGCCCCAGGGAAAUGGUCGACAGAUCAUCAUCGUCAACAAUGGUCAGCAGGAGGGAGUUUUGCACAAUGAGACCACUAUUUCAGGAGAAUCCUCCGCAGUGGUCCCCCCGGAAAAUCCCCUAACGGAGGAGGAUGACGUAGAGGGGCAGGGCGAAGGUGACGGAGGAAGUGAAGCUGUUUCCAGUGAGGAAUCCACGGAAUCGGAGGCAACUCCUCAGCCCUAUCCAGAUGGUGGCAUCAUUUGCUUUCCCAUCAUGCUAAACGAAACAGAUCCCGAAAACUCGGAGGUGAUGCGAGAAGUGGAACGGGUCGUUUGCUUUCCAGCUCCACCCCACAAUCCGGGCAAUUUCCAACCCACCAUAACCACUGAGCCACCCAUCGUUGCCGGCGAUAUUGUUGGUCGUGCAGAUGAUGGUACAGAAGUUGGUGGUGGUGAUGAGGUCAGCCAUGCAGGUACUCCCGUGGAUGUGGCCAACUUUGUAGCUGCAAGAAAUGAUGAAGUCGAAACGGAUUCUACUAAAAACUAAGUUAAAUAAAGCGAACUAAAGAUUUAAACUUGUUCGGUAUGUGCAUUUGGCAUAUAAAUGGUUGUAGACCGUUAGCAAACGGAAAAAAUCAUCAGGGAACUGUUUCUGGAAAAAUUUAUAUUAAAGAACUAUCAAGUUUAAUUUUUACCUUGUAAAAUGCAAAGAAAUUUUAAAGGACUUUUCUGUCGUGAGCACACAAACAGUUUGACGCAAGUCAGUAAAUAGAACCAAAAUAGAACGCACGUCAGAGACUCCUUUGUGCUUCAUCGGAAUGUUCAUAUUUGUCAAAGGGCUUGUCCCGCUAUAAAAAAGGUGAAAGCACACUGGGAAUAAAAAUGCAACUUUAAUAUGAUAUUUUAGGGAUCUGGUAACUACAAUCUGGUUGUUCACAUUAAAUGAGGUUGUAACAGCACGAGCAUCAUCCAGUCAAAGAGAAAAUGCUUUUGAAAUUUUGACUUUUCCAUUGAUAGUUUAUACAUCUUAAAUGCUUUUUUUACCAAACUACCAAACC